AUGUCCAACAUCUAUGGGAUGAAUCGGGACUUUGAGUUUGGCUUCAAGAUAGGUAGAAAUUCAAGAUGGAAGGCUUCAAGAUACAAGGACUGCAGUGUCUUUGAGACGUUGGCCAUCGCUGGAGAGUUAGGAAUCGAUGAAUUGGUUGAAUCGUGUGAACAACAUAUCAAGAAUACUAUUUCAGUCCACAACUCAUGUACUUUACUCUCUGCUGCCAUUAAACUCGAACCAAGGAUUUUAGAAAGGAAAAGUUGUUUUGUGGAUAUUUGCACCUCUUUUGUCGGCGAGAAUGCCAUUGAAUGCAUCAAAACACCGGCAUUUCUUAAUCUAUCGAAAGAGGCUCUGAUUCAUCUGAUUUCAUCAGAUUAUUUAGCCUUAGAAGAGGCGGACGUAUUCAGGGCGGCGCUCAAUUGGGCUAAACAUAACACAGGUGUUUCACAGCCAACUCAGCACUGGACAGAGGAGGAAAGGGCUCGUAUAAGUCAGCAAUUGUCUGGAGUUAUAAAUCACAUCAGAAUUCUGCUCAUCGAUAGUCAAAGCCGACGGGUGCCGUUCCUAUAG